AUCAGAAUCGAGUUCCUGGAUGACAACACGGAAGUGUUUUCCUGCUGCACUUGAACACACACAGAGGUUCAUUUUAAUCAUUAAAAGGUUUCAUCAUCGUGUUUAUGGAAGAAAACUCUCCUUUAUCACUUGUUGGUGGUGUUGGGAUCGCAGUGGUGUCCAGUUUUAUUAAUGGCUCCACGUUUGUGCUGCAGAAAAAAGGCAUCCUGCGUUCUCACAAAGCAGGAAAGACUUACCUGUCUGACUGUGUGUGGUGGACUGGAACACUGGCAAUGAUAGUGGGUCAGGUGGGGAAUUUCCUGGCACACAACACAGCACCGGCAGUGUUGGUGACUCCCCUGGGAGCGCUUGGGGUUCUGUUUGGAGCCGUUCUGGCUUCAUGGAUCCUGCAGGAACAGCUGGGGCUGCUGGGUAAACUGGGCUGUGUGUUGUGCUGCUGUGGCUCUGUGGUGCUCACCAUUCACUCCCCAAUGUCUCACAGUGUGCUGUCCAGAGCUGAGUUUCAACAGAGACUUCUCAACCCGGUGUUUGUGACCUACGUUACACUGGUGCUGCUGCUGUUGGUGCUGCUGAUUGGCUGGCUUUCUCCAGCGUACGGAAAGUCCAACAUCAUGGUGUAUGUGGGAAUCUGUUCCCUUUUGGGAACCUUCACUGUGCCGAGCUGUAAAGGUCUCGGUCUGGCUGCGAAGGAUGUGUUCGGUGGAGACACGUCUCCAGAUAAUGCAGCUCUGUUCCUGUUCCUGAGUUUGCUGGGAAUUCUCCUGGUCAGCAUCAUCACCCAGUUCACAUUCAUCAACAGAGCCUUGGAGAGCUUCAGCGCCAAUGUCUUCGAGGCCGUGUAUUAUGUCACCUUCACGUCCUCGGUCAUCCUUGCCACUGCUAUCUUGUUUAAAGAGUGGGAAGCGCUCGGUGCUCUGGACUGUCUUGGGAUUUUGUGUGGAUUCACUACAGUGUCAGUGGGAGUGACAUUGUUACGCGUAUCUCAGGAAGCCGCGCUCACAUGGACUCCAGCCAAGACCAAAGACAAGUAGUUUAUAUUUAAUCAUCUCACUGAACUCUGGAGCUCUUCAACUAGAUCGGUGCUCAUUUCAGAGUUAUAACAUAGCGCUCCCUGCUGGGGAUGGUCUAUUACACAAGCACACUCUCACUUCCCUCUAAGGAAUUGUGUCUUGUGAUUAAUCAACCUGAUCCACUAUUUAGGGUGUGAUUUAAACACAGUGAAUAAAUCAGCUGAAUAAAUACUUUAACCUAUCUAAAGGUUUAAAAUAAUCCUCAGGUUAACAUAAAACUCUUAUCUCUAUGUCAAUCCCAGAGCCUUAAUGUCAGUCUCAUUAUCCUUAUGUCACUCCUCUUAUCCUUGUUUCAGCCUCAAUACCUUUCCGACAUUCACUGUAUAUAAGAUGAACAGAUGAAGAUUUAAAGGUUCAUGCCUGACCAUGUAGCUGACAUCACAAAUUAGAUCACAGAAGGUGUAAUUAAAUUAUAUGAGGUAUGAUGUCACUAGGGUGCUUAGUGGUUAGCACGUUCGCCUCACACCUCCAGGGUUGGGGGUUCGAUUCCCCCCUCCACCUUGUGUGUGUGGAGUUUGCAUGUUCUCCCCGUGCCACGGGGGUUUCCUCCGGGUACUCCGGUUUCCUCCCCCGGUCCAAAGACAUGCAUGGUAGGUUGAUUGGCAUCUCUGGAAAAUUGUCUGUAGUGUGUGAUUGUGUGAGUGAAUGAGAGUGUGUGUGUGUGUGUGUGUGUGUGUGUGCCCUGUGAUGGGUUGGCACUCUGUCCAGGGUGUAUCCUGCCUUGAUGCCCGAUGACGCCUGAGAUAGGCACAGGCUCCCCGUGACCCGAGGUAGUUCGGAUAAGUGGUAGAAGAUGAAUGAAUGAGUGAAAACUUAAUACUUGAAAGUUACAUAAAAUAAAUGUAAUCAUCAUCAGUUAAAGGAAUUAAUAAGUUUUUAUUGUUAAUAUUGUGAUGAAAGACAGUCUGACAUCAAAGUGUUAAUGAUUUUAUACUUGAACAACCGAAUUUAAUAAUGCAAAUAAAUAAAAAAAUA